AUGGACGUGGAUUCGGCGUCGUCGUCGCCACGCUCGCGGCUUUCGGUCGUGUGCUCGGCGUCAGCCGAGUAUUCGUCGAACUCAUCGGAAGGCUCGUCGCCGAAUUCACGUCGCAAUUCGAUCAACGAGAGCGUCAUCAAAGACGAACACUAUUGGGAGCGGCGGCGACGCAACAACGACGCGUCGCGACGGAGUCGCGAGAAGCGCCGUCAAAACGAUUUGGCGAUGGAGGAGCGCAUAAUGCAGUUGAGCGCCGAGAAUCAGCGGCUCAAAUCGCAGCUCGAGAGUCGCGUCGCGAAACCGCCGCCGAUUGUUGUGCCAGACGUCGCGAAGAAUUUGUUUCCAGCGAACCCCGUUGCUUCGCUGCAGGCUAGCUCGAUGCUCUCCGUUCCGCUUCUUCAGACCGCUGCUCCGCCUCACUUCCCGCUACUCCAGCUCAUGCAGCCGUCAAUUCAAUCCCCGCUAUAUCCAUCGACCCCUUCAUCAUCAUCAACAACCACCACCUUCACGGCAUCGUCGACAUCGGCAUUCCGGCCAGUGGCACCGUCGGCGUCCAAUUCCGAGACGGCAAUGCGAAGCGAUCGUCAGAGUCCCGAUUCAUCCACUACCGAUCCUGUGAGCACCUCGGUGAUCCAUCGUGUCGGAUCACCGGCAGUGCUCAACGCGAAUCGCAAUCAAGGUGUGAUUCAGGGUCCUGGUGGAGGUGCCCAAGGGCCUUCUAUAUUAUCCGCAUUAUUAGCCCAACGACGGCCAUCUCCAUCGAUACAGCAGAGUCGAACCGAGCAUAUUUCGGGUCUCACCUCACCACCAAGGCACCAUUCGUCGAAAUCCGAUUGCGAGAGCGUCUCAUCAUCGGCGUCUUUGUCGCCGUCGCAUUCAUCCGAGGACCAUUCGAACUAUUCCAACAAAUCGCCACAAUAUGUCGAUCGUCGGCGGCGGAACAACGAAGCAGCGAAGCGAUGUCGAGCCAAUCGUCGAGCCGUGUUUGAAUAUCGAUCCCGAAGGGUUCAGCUUCUCGAAGGCGAAAACGAUGAGCUGCGCGCGCAAAUCGAAUCGCUCAAAUCGGAGAUCGCCCAAUUCCGCAACAUUCUCGCCCAACGAACGGCGCAACAGCAAUAA